AUGUGUCUUCUUGCCCGGUUUGUGGUUGUUUUCGCUCUGGCCGCCGUCGUUAAUCGUGGCAAGACAGAACGUGCCAAAUUUCAAUUCACGGCGCAAAUUAUCUGCAGCUACGGAGGUCUUCGCGGUGCGGUGGCCUUCUCUCUGGCCGUACUCCUUAAACCACACUUCCUCGGAAAAAACGGGAAGCUCGCCUGUGACGUGCUUGUAACCACCACCCUUGUGGUCAUCCUCUUUACUGUGGCUUUCAUGGGCAUCACGAUGAAACCACUUGUGCGCCUUCUGAAUAUUCGACUGGCAAAGAAAACUACAGAGAAACUCUUUGUUACACUGAAUGACUCUGUCAUGGAGCAGACUCUGUUGUACAUUGAUAAGCUGACUUCCGGUCCAGGGUACUAUCGAUUGCAGGAGUCCCUUGUUCGACUGGAUGACAGGUAUAUCCGGCCUUUCCUCCAGCGCGAUGCAGUGACACACAGCGGGAAGAUAGUUGAAGUCUACGAGAAAAUGGCUCUUCAGUUGCAUUCUGAUGCCAUCUCGUCGCAUGCUGCCCUCGAAAUGCCAGACGAGAGUGGUGAAACCUCGAAAGCACCUCCGGCUCCAGAACAACAGUCCGUGGGCGACAUCCCACUUGUGUAUGGUGAUUCCUCUGCAAACGUGACUAUGCGCAUGCCUCAGCAUGUACGCAGACGUGUUAACAUAGCAAGUAUGCUGAUGGAUGGCGCCAACAAUAUGUACUUGCCACGCGAAAGUAUUUACGAUGGGGCCAACAAUGCUGAGUUUGCUCGAAUCAGGCGUAGUCAGGCUCAUCUGAUGAAAAUUAUGGAUCGUGGUGAGAGCAGCAGAGUGAAGAAUGGAUGGGCAAAUUUUCCACUUUAG